GCGGGCCCGGCGGAGCGGCGCCCCGGGGGUGUCGCCAGUGCCGGAUGAGGAGACUCGGAGGGGAAGUUUGGUCGCCGCCGCCGCCGCGGGCCCUGUGAGGAGGAGCCGCCGCCGGGAGAGCGGGAGCGUGGUCCCGUCCCCUCCUCCCCUCCCCGCGCCGCCAUGGGGAACCGGGGCAUGGAGGAGCUGAUCCCGCUGGUGAACAAGCUGCAGGACGCGUUCAGCUCCAUCGGGCAGAGCUGCCACCUCGACCUGCCGCAGAUCGCCGUGGUGGGCGGGCAGAGCGCGGGCAAGAGCUCGGUGCUGGAGAACUUCGUGGGCCGAGACUUCCUUCCCCGAGGCUCUGGAAUUGUCACUCGGCGGCCUCUCAUCCUGCAGCUUAUCUUCUCCAAGACAGAAUAUGCUGAGUUUUUGCACUGCAAAUCCAAAAAGUUCACAGAUUUUGAUGAGGUGCGGCAGGAGAUCGAAGCGGAAACCGACAGGGUGACAGGAACGAACAAAGGCAUCUCUCCCGUCCCCAUCAACCUCCGCGUCUACUCGCCGCACGUGUUGAACCUGACUCUGAUCGACCUCCCGGGUAUCACCAAAGUGCCGGUGGGGGACCAACCGCAGGACAUCGAGUACCAGAUCAAAGACAUGAUCCUGCAGUUCAUCAGCAGGGAGAGCAGCUUGAUCCUCGCUGUCACGCCAGCAAACAUGGAUCUGGCCAACUCGGACGCACUCAAGAUGGCAAAAGAAGUUGAUCCUCAAGGCUUGCGGACGAUUGGAGUCAUCACCAAGCUGGAUCUGAUGGAUGAAGGCACAGAUGCCAGAGAUGUGCUGGAGAACAAGCUGCUUCCUUUACGAAGAGGCUACAUUGGCGUCGUUAACCGAAGCCAGAAGGACAUCGAUGGUAAGAAGGACAUCAGGGCAGCGCUGGCAGCCGAGCGGAAAUUCUUCCUUUCUCACCCAGCUUACCGGCACAUGGCCGACCGGAUGGGCACCCCACAUUUGCAGAAAGUCCUUAACCAGCAACUGACGAACCACAUUCGGGAGACGCUGCCUUCGCUGCGCAGCAAACUUCAGAGUCAGCUGCUCUCCCUGGAGAAGGAGGUUGAGGAGUACAAAAACUUCCGCCCCGAUGACCCCACGCGAAAAACCAAAGCUUUGUUACAAAUGGUCCAGCAGUUCGGUGUGGACUUUGAGAAGCGAAUCGAAGGUUCGGGAGACCAGGUGGACACACUUGAACUCUCCGGGGGUGCCAGAAUCAAUCGCAUUUUCCACGAGAGAUUUCCUUUUGAGCUAGUGAAGAUGGAGUUUGAUGAGAAGGACUUGAGGCGAGAAAUAAGCUAUGCAAUUAAAAACAUCCACGGUGUGAGGACGGGGCUCUUCACGCCCGACAUGGCCUUUGAAGCCAUAGUGAAAAAACAGAUUGUAAAGCUUAAAGAGCCCAGUUUGAAGUGUGUUGAUCUGGUGGUCUCAGAGCUGGCCACGGUCAUUAAAAAGUGUGCCGAAAAGCUUGGUUCCUACCCCAGGUUACGAGAGGAGACGGAGAGGAUCGUUACCACUCACAUCAGGGAACGGGAAGGCAAAACGAAGGACCAGAUUCUCCUGCUGAUUGACAUUGAACUCUCUUACAUCAACACUAACCACGAAGACUUCAUUGGAUUUGCCAACUGUUACACUGAGCAGCACAUGACGACAGGCGCGCAGCAAAGGAACACUCAGACAAACAAGAAAAGAGCCAUCCCAAAUCAGGGUGAGAUACUGGUGAUCCGCAGGGGCUGGCUGACCAUCAACAACAUCAGCAUCAUGAAGGGAGGCUCCAAGGAAUACUGGUUUGUGCUGACGGCCGAGUCGUUGUCCUGGUACAAGGACGAGGAGGAGAAGGAGAAGAAAUACAUGUUGCCUUUGGAUAAUUUGAAAAUCAGGGACGUGGAGAAGGGAUUUAUGUCUAACAAGCACGUCUUUGCCAUCUUCAACACAGAGCAAAGGAACGUGUACAAAGAUCUCCGUCAGAUUGAGCUGGCCUGCGACUCCCAAGAAGAUGUGGACAGCUGGAAAGCCUCCUUCCUCCGAGCGGGAGUUUACCCAGAGAAAGACCAAACUGAGAACGAGGACGGCGCCCAGGAGAACACCUUCUCCAUGGACCCUCAGCUGGAGCGCCAGGUGGAAACCAUCCGCAACCUUGUCGACUCCUACGUCGGCAUCAUCAACAAGUCCAUCCGGGACCUCAUGCCAAAGACGAUAAUGCACCUCAUGAUAAACAAUACCAAGGAUUUCAUCCACUCGGAGCUGUUGGCCUACCUGUACUCCUCUGCCGACCAGAACAGCCUGAUGGAGGAGUCGGCCGACCAGGCGCAGAGGAGGGACGACAUGCUGCGCAUGUACCAUGCCCUGAAAGAGGCCUUGAACAUCAUCGGGGACAUCAGCACCAGCACCGUCUCCACGCCGGUUCCCCCGCCCGUGGACGACACGUGGCUGCAGACGAGCAGUGGGCACAGCCCCCCGCCUCAGCGCAGAUCUGCCGUCCUGCCGCCGGGCCGGCCGCCAGCCGUGAGGGGUCCAACGCCGGGGCCGCCCCUGAUCCCCAUCCCCGCAGGGGGACCCUCCUCCUUCGCCGCUCCCCCCAUCCCCUCGCGCCCUGGACCCCAGAACAUCUUCGCUGCUAAUAACGACCCCUUCUCAGCCCCUCCUCAGAUCCCGUCGCGGCCGGCACGCAUCCCCCCCGGCAUUCCUCCAGGGGUGCCCAGCAGAAGACCCCCCGCCGCGCCGAACCGGCCCACCAUUAUCCGACCGGCCGAACCCUCCCUGCUCGAUUAACUGCCCAGGGGCUGGUAGCGACUCCCAGAGCGGCUGCCCCCACGCCUGCCGCUUUCCUUUGCCGUUUUGGGGGGGGGGGGAAAGGGGAAAAAAAAACAACCCCCAACCCCCGCGUCUAAUCUCGUUUUUUAAAACCAUCCUACCUGUGAUCAGCUCAGCAGAGCGGUUUAACCACGGCCGAUCCCCAUCAGCGCGCCGCGGCCCCUCCUCGGGACGGGCGCAGAGCGUCCCGGCGUGUAAAUGCCGGCGACAUCGGUUUAGGACGGGCAGCGCUCCUCGCCCUCCCUCACCUCCGCUGCGCCUGAGCCGGGAAGCGGAUAGUCGGCACUACGGCGGCGAGGGGCCGGUGCUGCGCCAGAGAAGCCCCCGAGUCCCGCUGUGCCCCCCCCGCUCCCCGUAUAAUAAACCGCGGAGGAUUAGAUAUUUUGGGGGGGGUCGAAUAUUGCACUUUGUCAGAAAUCCCCCCCCUCCCUCUCCCUCCACCACACACCAGCGCUCGGCGUUCGUGCCGUGGGAUGGCCUGAAUGUACGCGACGGGGAUGGGAGAGCUCGGAGGUGGUUGACUCCAAGACUGUCGCCUGUCUUUGGCUGCGCCCAGAAUCUCCUAGAGCUGCCGUUGGGGCUGAUCAGAUUCCUGCCUAUUCGCUUUCUUCCUCCUUUUCCUCCUCUUCCUCCCCCCCUCCAGAAUUUUUGUAUUAAUAUAUUAUAUAUAAAACUUAGCGAUUUUUGGUUUUUCUCUCCCAAACCCGAAAGUCGAUUGCUAAUCUUGACCAUAGUCUAUAUUUCAGUUUUUAUAGCUUUGAGGAAAAUUUAUAUAUGGAAAAUGAUGGGACUGCAGAUAGCGAUUUGCUAAUAAAUCUAAUCCGCCGCAAAGCAG